AUGGAAAUAAAUUGUAAAUUACCCCCUAAAAUAACUAUGAACCCAUUAUAUUAUAGCAAUGGAGCUAGGCCUGUCAUUUAAUACAGGGUCAAUCCAAAUGAUUAGAGGAGAUACACGGCAGAUAUUGAGGCUAUGAGGAAAUAUUCAAAAAGUUAGAAUUAAUACAAGCAAAAUGAUGUUAGGUAUCUGUGUGAUCUAUUAAUUAGCGGAAAUCAAUAGAAUUCUCAAUAGAAAUCUUAAGGAAUAGCAAGAGCUAAUACUGCGGAUAAAUAAUAAUUGGAAGAUUCAAAAAAUCAAUAUAAUUCUAGUCGAGACAAUAAGAAACCGCAGUAACCAUAAUUAUUCAAAGUGUAGAGCUAAGCUAAGCCCAUCUUUGAGAAUUUUAGCAAAUGUCAAAGUCAAAAACUCAAAAAUCACAGUUUUGUUACUUAGCAUAAGUAGAAUGAGAAACCACACUCUUUUAAAUAGAUAGCAUAGAAAGGUCCAUCGUAAAUAUCGCAUUUGUAUUAUGUUGCAGACUUAUAAAAUGCAAUUCUGAAUCAGAAAUUAUAAAGUUCAGCUUUGUUUAGAGAACAUAUUCAAUCAUCCUUCACCUACAUCCCCGUAAUUAAGAAUCUAUAAAUCGAUAAAGAAUAAAUCCAAGAGAAACUCUUAAAUAUCCCAAUAAAUUUGAAUAAGAAAUGUAAAGAUUUUUAUUUAAGACAAGACAACAAGACAAUUAUUUUCGAUAUGGAUGAGACCUUAAUACAUUGUAAUGAGGACGAGAACGAUAAAUGCUAGUUUAAGAUAGACAUCCAAUUUGAGGAUGGGGAAAUCAUAGAGGCUGGUAUCAACAUUAGGAAUUUUGCAAGAGAAAUAAUCCAGAAACUGAGUGAUUUAUGCGAGGUUAUGAUUUUCACUGCUUCUUAGGAUGUUUAUGCUAAUAAAGUUAUCAACAUUCUGGAUCCAAAUAAUAAAUUAAGUUACAGAAUCUUCAGAGAGAGUUGUAUUUCAGUGGGGGAUAACAAUCUAAUAAAACAUUUGGGAGUGUUGAAUAGGGAUUUGAAGAAUGUUGUUUUGAUUGAUAAUUCCUCUUAUAGUUUUGCACACCAUUUAGAGAAUGGGAUUCCGAUUUUGCCAUAUUACUAUGAUGACAAGGAUAACCAAUUGAUCAAGUUGUAUAGAUAUUUGUGCUAGAACAUUUUGCCUGCUGAUGAUGUAAGACCAGUGAUUUUGUAGCAUUUCAAAUUGGAUAGAUUAAAUUAAUAUGAGAGUGUGGAAGAAGCUGUAUAAAAUUUGUAUUUUUGA